CCCCGAUCAACGGACAGAGCUCUGUCAUGUGAUCAGCUGUGUCCAAUCAUAGCUGAUCGCGAGCUGUCAGCGUUCGGCAUUCCUCAGAGGGGACAUCUACACUGAUGAUCAGUGCCCUGAUGAUCAGUGUAGCCCCAUCAAUGCCACAAAUCAGUGUCCAUUAAUGCCACCUGUCAGUACCCAUCAAUGCCACCUGUCAGUGCCCAUCAGUGCACAUCAAUGCCACAUAUCAGUGCCUACCAGUGCUCAUCAAUGCCACAUAUCAGUGCCCAUCUGAGCUGCCUUUCAGUGCCAACUAUCAGUGCCAGUCAGUGCCACCUAUCAGUGCCAGUAAGUGCCGCCUAUCAGUGCUGCCUAUCAGUGCCUGUCAGUGCCGCCUAACAGUG